AUGGCUUCCCAACCUCCCGUCAAGCGUCUUCCCCCAGCGCCCUCAAAUCCGGUCCUCCUCGCGGUUCAAGCACAAUGGCUCUUUACGGAGGAAGAGCUUUCCCGCUCCCCGUCGCAGCGCGAGGGAAUGAGUAUGGACACAGAGCUCUUGCACCGGAGCAAAGGGGUCAACUUCAUUACUCAAGUCGGGAUCAUGUUGAAGCUUCCCCAGCCCACGCUCGCGACAGCCGCGGUCUACCUGCAUCGCUUCUUCAUGCGCUAUGUCAUGUCUGAGAGGCCGGAUCGACCGGGAAUUCAUGCUUACCCGAUCGCGGCGACAUCCUUGUUCUUAGCUACAAAGGUAGAGGAAAAUGUCCGGAGGAUGAAGGAGCUGGUGGUGGCUUGCUGUCGUGUCGCACAAAAGAACCCCAAUCUCGUCGUGGAUGAGCAGAACAAGGAAUUUUGGAAAUGGCGCGAUACCAUUCUACACCAUGAGGACAUCCUGCUUGAAGCCCUAUGCUUUGAUUUGCAGCUCGAGCAGCCGUAUAGGAUACUGUAUGAGUUCAUCUGCUAUUUUGGCGUCAACGAUAACAAGCAUGUCCGCAAUUCGUCAUGGGCCUUCCUCAACGACUCAAUGUACACGGUUCUCUGUCUUCAGUUCCCUGCUCGUGUUAUCGCCGCUGCCGCCUUCUAUGCUGCAAUAAAUCACUGUGAUAUCGCUUUUGAGGAUGAUGAACUUGGUCGACCGUGGUGGGAGCAGAUCGAUGUUGAUUUAGUGGAUAUUCGUCGUGCGUGCAGCAGGAUGGCAGACCUGUACGAAAGCAAUGCACAACACAACAAGCACAGCCAGUACUACCCGAGUAUCUCAUCCUCGUUCGGCGAAGGCAGCGAAAAGUCUAGAAUUCCGCGUCCCGGCGGCUCGCUCGAGGCGCCAGACCCGCCGUCAAGAAAGCGCUCGCGAGAGCCAGAAGAUGGUUUCCAUUAUAAUCACACACCGCAAGAUACUGCGUCUCCGAAACCAGGCGAGCCAUCUCAGAACGGGAGACACUCACCAAAACGUCCACGGGUAAAUUCAGAGGCAGAGCACCCUCGCUCCACCGCGGGAUCAUUUGAAGGAACAGCGCCACCUCCCUCCUCAUCAUCAUCCUUCUCCCAUGACCGCCCACCAAACGGCCAUAACGCCCAACAACAUCAUCGUCACCCACAUCCACUACCACGCACACCACACACAGCUCUUCCGCCCCGCCAAAACAGCGAAACCCAAAACGUCGACCCCAUCCAGCAACGCAUUGAUGAAAUUGUCCAGAAAAACUCUGCCACACCCCCAAAACACUCCUCCAAACGCGUGCCAGAUGGCCGGCAUCGGGAGCAAGAAGAUGAGGACCCCAGUUGGAAACGAAGAUCCUCAUAUUCUUCUACCGCGAAGAACGAGCAUCUGCCUCCCCCACCCUCAGAGAGUCGCCAACGGCCUCCACCGCCGCCUCCGGAACCAGAGCCGGAAGAUGAAGGUGGUGGGAGUGAAGAGGGUGAAUUAUGA